AGGGUUUGUGCGGCACGAGGAGCGUGGCUGGGGCACCCCAGAGCCCCACAAGGAAACGAACCUUUACCAAAAGAUGCUUUUCCCAUCCCUAUUUCAGUCCACAGCCCGGGCCAGCAGCUGCUGAGAUGGCACAGAGCUCUGAGCUCCAGCCYAGCUUUGAGGACGUGUUCAACCUUCUGUCCCAAACCCCGACAGAGAAACUGCUGAGCCUCAAACUCAAACUGAAGCAUUUGAUACCCGGRCCCUGCAGCAAAUUACUGCAAGCCAUGGUCCUGCUCACUCUGGGGCAAGAGACGGACGCAAGGAUUUGUUUGGAUGCUUUGAGGGAUAACCAGGCAGCCCAGUAUGUCCAGCAGAUCAAACUGGGCACUGCAGGAGUGCGGGGAGAUGGGGAGGGUUUGCAGCCUCCCCAGUUGGAUGCGGGUGCCAUGGCACUGCUGGCUCAGGUGUACGGAGUGUUGGCACAGGAAAAGCUGUGCAGUGCUGAGGCCAGGGACAGAGCCUGCCARGCUGCCAGCAAAGCGUGCCACACCAGCAAGGACAUUCAGCAGGGGACACUCAACAACAUCCCAGCUGAGGAGCAGGGCAAGCAGGGCUCUGCUGCCAGCGUGGGAUCAGGGGAUGGGUUUGGGAUGAUGCUGAGAUCCAACGAGGAUGCAGGAUUUCCCUGCCCAGCAGGCUCCAACUGCGUGGUGAGGAGUUCUCCCGUGCAGAUUGGAGGCAGCUCAGAAUUUUCAUGCCCACGGACCUUGCGCUCUGUGGGGAAUUCCUCCCUGUCCAGCUGUUUGGAGAUUAGUGCAUCACCAACACUUGCUUUUCACACUCAGCCUUCUGUCCCCAAAUGUGUCCCCCACCCCGAUGGGGACAGAGAGAGCCAAGACCCGCAGGAAUCCAGCUGGGUCAGCACACCCAGCUCUGCCCUGGGGCAGGACACAGCCAGCCAGGUGCCCCAGCCACAGGAAGCUCUGCAGGUCAGUCCCUGUCACCCCAGAGUCCCCAUUCCUGAGAAGGACCUGCAGGUCAGUCCCUGUCACCCCAGAGUCCCCAUUCCWGAGAUGCCRCUGCCCUCGGAGCAUGGCCAAAGCAGUGACAUGUCCAGCACAGUGACAGAGCCUCCUGCACCAAGAGAAAACACAGGAAAAAAGCAGGAUGAAAAGCAAAAUGAACAGCAAUUCUCAGCUGGUGUCCCUGACCAAAGCGCUGUGGUGGACACUGCUCCUGCCCACGUGUCCAUAGAGGAUUCCUACAAUCCAGCAGGCAUUCCUUGUAACUCUGCACCUGCUUCUGUUUCRACCUGUUCUCUUCCUCCUCCCAGCUAUUCCUUCUCCUCAACUCUUCCUCCUCUUCAGGAAUCUCAUUCCAACCUAUUGUAUCCCCCUCCCCUGCAUUCAUCCCCCUCUCCAGCCUGGCCUCCUCCUYCUCUCCCACCCAUGGAUCCUUCAGAGCCAGAUGGUGCCAAGUUCUUCACGUUUGUUGUCCUGCAYGCCACUGAAGAUGAGAUGGUGGCCCACGAGGUCAGGAACCUCCUGGAGAACAUGGGRGUGUCCAACGGUGCCACACUCAGCGAGGAUUUCUUCAUCGCCGGCCGCAGCCACAUGUUUUGCUUCCAGGAAGCCAUGGAAAACUCUGCCUUCAUGAUCCUCCUGCUGACCAAGAACUUCCCGUGCAACCUGUGUUUGUUCCAGACAGACACUGCCCUGAUGCAGUCCAUCCUGGACCCCUCCAAGCAGCACUCAGUCAUCCCRUUUUUACCCAAGGCCAACGCCCUGGAGCGCAGCCGGAUCCCCACCAUGCUCAGCGGGCUGGUGAUCCUGAACGAGAGCUCUCCUCUCUUCUCCAGGAUGGUGCACAAGACUUUUAACCCCAAGAGAAUCGAGGAGAAGAAAGCUUUGUGGGACCAGAUGCAGAGGAGGAAGCUCCAGAGUUGGGAACGGUACCGAGCCCAGCAGGAUUUGGCUGCCCUGAGCCUGGGCUGCCCUCCUCAGAUGCCUCCACCGUGGCCACCACAGCCACCACCCCAACACUGGUGUCCCCCUGCCCCAAAAGACCCUGCUCAGAGGAAUCCCCCUCCUUCCCAAGCUCAGCUCCCACCAGGACAUUACAACAUCGUGCCAGGCUCGGGAGGGAUCCCACCCCUCAUCAUCCAACACGCCCGCAUGGUUCAGAUUGGGAACCACAACACCAUGAGGGUGGAAACUGCCCCAGCUGGGYCACGGGACAGCGAGGAGCAAACCAGGCACAAUGCCUGACCUUGGGGCAGCCAAGGGCAGAGAGAAAAUUAAUUUCAAAUCCUGGAGUAGAGUGAUUUUACUGGGACUGGGACUAUUAUUUCUCUAUGCAUCAAGAGUGCCAUUUCCUUGGCAAAGAAAGGAAGAAAAUUCUUCAUUUUUUGCUGGACAAAAGACACUGUGAUCUCCUGGAACUGGUUUUUCCUUGUGCUUAUUUUCAAGUAACUGAGACAAUUAUUUUCCCGAUUGUCAGGGACUACUUGAAGAUUUUAUAAAUAAAUUUUAAUUCGUUUAUUUGUGYUCCCCAUGUUCUUUCCUGCAGAAUUAGAAAAGGGGCAGUCAAGGAUAUAUUGAAAACUGUUGAGUGGAGGGGGKUGGCAGAUGGCACUGACCAAAUGAUUUGCGAGACAAUCUGCAGGGGAUGCUUUGGGAAGCUGCCUUUGAGGAAAAAGUAGGAUCAAAACCCAAAAGCAUUGAGUAGAGUAGUGCAGAAGGGUGGAGAAAGCCAGGAAUGGGGA